ACUCUCCCAAUUUCCAUACUCUAUAUAUAUAAGAUAACGCAUGCAACAACUUCAACCCUGCAUCAUCACAUACACAUACACUAUUACUAUUACUAAGCCAAAAAAGACCACAUCAUGGCGUUGUCCACUUCCGCCUCCUCAACCACCGCAUUAAUCACCGCCUUCCUCCUCCUUCUCCGCCUCUCCUCCGCCUUAAAAGACAGUGGCUCCGAUAAGUUACCAAAAUCCGACGUUGAUCUUUUGGAGUUCCCACUGAAUUUGGAGUAUUUUGAAGCCGAGUUUUUCUCAUGGGGCGCUCUGGGCGGCGGAUUGGACACUUUUGCCCCCAAUCUUACAAUGGGCGGCCCGUCCCCUAUUGGUGCUCGCAAGGCCCGACUCAGCCCACACAUAAAAGAUAUCAUCGCACAGUUUGCACUCCAAGAAUUCGGACAUUUGAGGGCAAUCCAAAAGACAGUUCCAGGAUUCCCAAGGCCACUUCUGAAUCUAAGUGCAGAAUCAUUUGCAACGGUGAUGAAUAAUGCAUUCGAGAAACCUCUACAACCUUCCUUCGAUCCCUAUGCGAAUGACAUCAACUAUCUUCUUGCAUCCUAUGUUAUUCCUUAUGUUGGUCUCACCGGAUAUGUGGGGGCAAAUCCCAAACUCAAAAGCCCCACUUCCAAAAGGCUUGUUGCUGGGCUUUUGGGAGUGGAAUCAGGCCAAGAUGCAGUACUUAGGACACUACUCUACCAACGUGCUUUCGUGAAGGUAUAUCCCUAUGAAUUCACGGUAGCAGAAUUCACCGACAGAAUCUCAAGUCUAAGAAAUAAGCUAGGAAAGAAGGGUCUUAAAGACGAAGGGCUAAUAGUUAAACCAGUACAAGGAGCCGAGGGUAGAAUCUCAGGCAACGUGCUCGCAGGUGAUCAAGACUCAUUGUCAUUUGAUCGAACACCUGAAGAAAUACUAAGAAUCGUUUACGGGAGUGGAAACGAGAACCAGCCUGGCGGAUUCUACCCCAAGGGUGGUGAUGGUCGAAUAGCCAAAUCACAUUUACGCCGCCAAAUAAGGAACUUCUAAGUUUGCAUUUAGCCUCCAAUUGGAGAGUCCCACUAUCAUGUAUUACUACGAAUAAUGAGUUCAAUAUUUUAAAUUUGUAUGAAUUUGAUGUGUUCAACAGUAUCAAAUACAAAAUUAC